GGUGGCCUUGACACGGUGAUAGGGUUACCACGCUGGAACAGAAAUGGCAUCGAUAGCGACCAAACUCGGAACUUUAACCCGUAAUUUCUCAGUGAAUUCAACUAAGAAUUUUGUCCGACAUUUCUCAGUAUCAAGACAAUGCCUAAAAGCCAAGCUUAUCGAUGGCAAAGCUAUUGCCAAGCAAAUGCGCCAAGAAGUCAAAGAAGAGGUGGAGCAGAUGUUAGCAGCUGGUGAGAGGCGGCCCCAUCUCAGUGUCAUCAUUGUGGGAGAAGACCCCGCUAGUGCUACUUAUGUUAAGAACAAAAUAAAAGCUUGUGAAGGUGCUGGGAUAACCAGUGAAACUGUGCGACUUCCUCCAGAGGUGACAGAAGGAGAACUCUUAGCCAGAGUGAAUGAUUUUAAUAAUGACAGUGAUGUUGAUGGAAUUCUUGUACAAUUGCCAGUACCGAAGCAUAUUAGUGAACGGGCUGUUUGUAAUUCUAUUAUUCCGUCCAAGGAUGUUGAUGGAUUCCAUGUGAUAAAUGUUGGAAGAUUCUGCACAGAUCUGGAUGCCCUUAUACCGGCAACACCUGCUGGAGUUAUGGAAAUGAUUAGGAGGUCUGGUAUUGAAACCUUUGGAAAGAAUGCUGUAGUAUGUGGCCGCUCAAAAAACGUUGGUAUGCCAAUAGCUAUGCUGUUACAUUCUGAUGGUAUUGGGGAAACAGAUGCUGGUGAUGCUACUACUACAAUUUGCCACCGUUAUACUCCACCGGAAGAGUUGGUAAGAUUCACCAAGUCUGCAGACAUCCUUGUGGUAGCCUGUGGUAUUCCUGGCCUAAUCAAGGCUGACAUGGUAAAAGACGGUGUCGCAGUGAUUGAUAUUGGUAUCAACCGGGUGAAAGAUGAGAAGACUGGCAAAUUCAAGCUUGUUGGUGAUGUGGAUUUUGAUGGUGUCUCGGAGAGGGCGAGUUACAUUACACCUGUUCCCGGUGGUGUUGGGCCAAUGACUGUGGCCAUGCUUAUGAAGAACACACUAAAAGCCCGCAAAAAGGUUAUAGGUUACUGAAACAUUGGAGAAUUGUAGUAUCUGUGAUCACAAGAAUGCGGACAGAGAUGAUAACUUGGCUUGUUGGAGGAUAUGUAUGCAUGGUGAUGUUUGCCACAUGUUGGAUGUAUUUAUAUCAGUUUCUACUCUUGCAUAUAUGUGAACUUUUCAGAAGUCCUUUUCAAAACGCUGACUACCAAAUGCUCUACUUGAUCCUUGCUUGAAUUCAGUUUCUGAUACUAUCUUUGCUGUGAGCAAUGGUCUUUCAGAGCAGUGAUCUUGUGUGCACAUCUGGAGUCAUUUUAUAGCCAAGUUGUUUCCAAAUCCAACUUGUUUGGCAUAAAGUUUAUGCUACGUGUUACUGUGGAAUUUGACAGUAUUUUUGUAUGGACGACUCGCAAGCACUUAAUCACAGUUUUUCGCAAAUGGAGCAGACUGGUAUGGUGAAUUGAAAGGACAAGUUGUAGUGUUAGUAUACCAGUAAUUUAUCCUGAGUGAAUUCGACCAAAAAUAUUGUCUGCUGGAAGCAUGUUCUGGUUAGAUUCUUAAGAUGCUGAUUUUGUAAAAUUAGAAAAAAUGUUGGUUGAUAAUACGCAUUGUAUGGUUAAUUAGUGUAGAAAGAGUGAAAUAACAAGGCCUUGCACUGAAUAUGUAGUACAUGUAGAUCCUUUCUACACCGGAAACAAUAAGUUUCCCAUGCACAGAAGCGCCUUACAAACAAGCUACCUGCUCUUUAAAUCGCAUGUGAAAAUAAUCUCAUUUGCGGUGGUCAGCACAGGUUUCUGCAACAAGGAUCAGUGGUCACUGCGAUGAAUAUCAUACCCAGCAAAGGAAUGCAUACAUUUAACCCUCUGAAUCUGACAUUCACAUUGAAAAGAGAACUCUCGCUUUAUCGACCUUAGAAUGAUCAUGAAUACAAUGGACUUAUAGUCAAGCCCCACCCCAUCUGGGGCUGACUGGGAAGUUGAUUUGGCCUUGUCAUUCACAUUAUCAUGACACAAUGAAUAAAAAUUAAAACUUUUAUUAUGAUAUGAGUUUGAAUUUAAGUGGGGAGAAAAAAAGCUGCAUUUUCUUUUGGAGAAAGAUUUGUUCUGUGUGGAGUUGUGGAACCUCAGCUAAUUCAGAUUUCUGCCACAAUAAUUUACAUGAUUUUGCAGGUUCAUGGUAAAAUUGGAAGAUACUUUGGGUGCACAAUUGGUGCAGUUAACUCCUUUCUUUUCGACCUAUGAAUUCGUAUAACUGACUUCGUUUAUGUGAGGUCAUCUUAACAGCUUGUGUUUGUGGGUACUUUGUAAUUCAUUGGAUGAUGCAAUAAAAUAUAUAAUGAUCU